ACAGAAACGUAGAAGAAGACGGGACCGGAAGUUGGAAUAUUGUUGACAAAACCAGCUAGCCUUUGCUAGGUGGCAUGAAAUUUCAUUCACAUUUUACAAAAACUUUCGUUCGUAAUGAGUUCUCCAGAGGACAGGCAUGGGACGAAACGACCCGCGUCUCCAACUGAAGAUGGGUCUACCCAGUGGGCAUCAGCUGAUCUGGGAAGCAACGAAAGGAAACAGAAGUUUUUACGACUGAUGGGCGCUGGCAAGAAAGAACACACUGGGCGCCUCGUCAUCGGGGACCACAAGACGACAUCCCACUUCCGCAGUGGGCAAGAAGAAAAGAAGAUCAGUGCACAGCUAGAGAUGCAGUACCAGCAGGGAAUGGAUGGGAAGCUAUCGGGCCGGAACCGAAGACACUGUGGCCUAGGUUUCAGCGAGCCUGACCCAGAGCCAGACUUGUUUCCUCCCCCACCAGUGGACAGUCAGACAGAAGCAGCUGAGCCAGAGAAGUCCAACAGUGAAAAAGAGCCCACAGAUGCCCGGGACAAAGGCUGCGAUCCUAACCCAAAGGAGCAGACAUCAGACAAGGCCAAGCCCAGCGUGGACAGUGGGAAUGAAGAACCGAAACAUGGUUACAAAACGGCCUUUGUGAAGUCGGCAUAGGUGUGCGGAGAAAAGUUUGUUUUUGUAAUCUCAAAUUUGUACAUUUUGACGUUAUUUGUUAAACUGUUGGCGGUCCUCCACCAUUUUAGUCCUUUUUACUGUGUAGAAUUGGAUUCUCUACACAAGCACUCAUAAUUGGGCGACAUCUUGGUGUGCAUGCUGUCAAAGGAUUAAGUCUGCAGGCUAAAAUGUUUGGUUGAGUUGUUAUAUCAUAUAUCAUGUUAAGAUGGCAAAUGGUCCAGUUUUUAUUUGGUUGGAACAUUUUAACAGUCCUGGUAAAUAAUUGUUUUUUGAUGAAAACAGGAUUAUAAUUUGGCAUGAUUGAUAUACAAAUUGUACAUUUUGUGAUUUCUUCUUUACAAACCAAUAAAAGGAAUAUAGUGUCA